CUCAAAUAAUUUAUGAAUUUUGAUAGAUUGUAAAGCUGUGAUAACUCUAGCACAAUUAUUUAGUUUUUACGUCAGUUCUAGAGGAAAGUCAAAUCACAGAAAAAUAAGUUCUUAUGUUUAUUUUCUUCAUACCACAGUUCAUACCUUAAUCAAAAGAUAGAUAUAAAAAAUAAAUAGGUAUGUAGACUUACAAAAUUAAUUUAGUUGAAGGGGGUCUCCCCUUAAAUUUGUGGUUUUUCAUAGCUGAUAAUCUAUACCAAUAUUAUAAAGCUGAAGAGUUUGUUUGUUUGUUUAGAACUACUGGUCUGAUAUGAAAAAUUAUUUCGGUGUUAGAUGGCCCAUUUAUCGAGGAAGGCUAUAGGCUAUAAUAUUAUACCUAUCAUCACGCUAAGACCAACAGGAUCGGAGCAAUGCGGGUGAAACCGCGGGGAAAAGCUAGUGGUCGAACUGGUAGAUAACUACUGAACCCCUCGUCCGAGAGUCCGACACGUACUUGUUCGGUAUUUUUUUUGUCAGAGCCAAAAAAGUAACAUGUACUGUUUAAAAUUGUUUUGUUACGUAAGUAUAGGCUACGUUUACGACUUGAACUAACGUGUACCAAUAACAAACAACUGAAAUAAUGGAAAAAUGUAGAAACGUAACAAGCCAAAUCAAUUAGUUUUGGUUUAGAAUUAGUCGCGAUUAGAACUUGGUGUUAAAACAAUGAUCCUGCUCCUUAUUGCUUUUACAAUAAAACCCAUUUUCGGAGCACAGCAGCAGCAAUGCACUCUUGUAGAUGUUAAGAGCCUUCUUGAAGGAUGUGAAAGACUGACUGGCUUGAAUGUGACCAGUGUAGGGGGUACUAUCGUCAAUGAUCAUAAUUGCGAUGUUCUGCUGCCAAAACAAGUGUUUAUGGAAGAACCUCUGUUUCAGUACCCUUUGGCGGACUCGAAAAAGUUUUACACAAUUAUAAUGGUGGACCCUGAUGCGCCACCACAGUUGGAUGGUGAAUUUUAUUUACACAUGAUAAAGUCGAACAUUCCAGGACUAGCUUUGAAAGCGAAAGAAAGCAUAAAAACCGUUGGAAUAGACUACAGAGGUUAUAAGCCACCAACGCCACCUCGCGGCACUGGCCCGCACCGCUACAUGUCGUUGUUAUACGAACAAGCGGACGGAAACAACUUUUUGCCAACAGUGCCAUCUUCACGCAGUCGCUUCGUACUAGCAAACUGGUUGAGAGGCAAGAAUCUUUGCGGACCUGUGGCGUCGACGCAGUUCCGAGUUCAGUACUAGAUGGCGCUGUAAUAAAUAGCAAGUUUAUGUAUUAGCACGGACUAAUAAUAA